AUGAGUAGCAAACUUUCAGUGUCAAGCGUGCGGGGCUCUGUGAAAGAUGUCCUCGCCGAAGCCAAUGGCGAGAAGAAGCGAAACUUUGUGGAGACCAUUGAGUUGCAGAUUGGGUUGAAGAACUACGACCCCCAGAGGGACAAGCGUUUCAGUGGAACCGUCAAGCUCCCCAACGUUCCCCGUCCUAGGAUGUCCAUUUGCAUUCUCGCUGAUGCCGCCGAUAUCGAUCGCGCCAAGCAGAUUGAGCUCGAGUACAUGUCGGUUGACGAUUUGAAGAAGCUUAACAAAAACAAGAAGCUUGUCAAGAAGCUCGCCAAGAAGUACGAUGCCUUCUUGGCUUCUGAGACUCUUAUCAAGCAGAUUCCUCGUCUCUUGGGACCCGGUCUUUCCAAAGCCGGAAAAUUCCCCACCCCGGUGUCGCACGCCGAAGACCUUACCAACAAGUUGACUGAGGUCCGCUCCACCAUCAAGUUCCAACUCAAGAAGGUUCUGUGCUUGGGCGUCGCCGUCGGGCACAUCCAAAUGACUGAAGACCAGGUCCUUGCCAACGUCAUGCUCAGCAUCAACUUCUUGGUGUCCCUCCUCAAGAAGAACUGGCAGAACGUCAAGUCCCUGCAUAUCAAAACCACCAUGGGCAAGCCUGUCCGUCUCUUCUAA